AUGAAUGGAAUGGAGUGCAGUCUCAUUGUUGUAGUCAUAGGUUACUUGGAGUCUUUGAAUGAACUUACAAUCAUGUUUAUUACUAUGCUUGCUUUAUUAUUAGCUGAUCUCGAAAAAAGGAGAAAUGUUAGGAAAAGAGUCACCUGGAAUUGUUAUAGAAGGGCGAAUUUAAGGACUAUAUAUUUCCAUAGAGUAGUUUACAUUAGUGAAACGGCUUGUAUUGAGAAUACCAGGAUGGAUAGGAGAUCCUUCAUUAAGUUGUGUGAAUUACUUAAAGCUGUUGGGGGCCUUGAACCAACGAAGCACAUGGGGGUGGAAGAGCUCGUUGCAAUAUUUCUACACAUUUUGGCUCAUGAUGUUAAGAAUAGGAUCAUUAAAAGAAAAUUCUUACGGUCCGGUGAAACAAUUAGUAGACAGUUCGCCAAGGUUUUGCAGGCUGUGCUACGAUGCCACACGGUUUUACUUAAAACACAUGAGCCAGUCCCUGAAAAUUCAACCGAUGAAAGGUGGAAAUGGUUCAAGAAUUGCCUAGGAGCGUUAGAUGGGACAUACAUCAAGGUGAAUCCGUUGCAAGUUGAUAAGCCAAGGUAUCGGACAAGGAAGGGUGAGGUAGCAACAAAUGUGUUAGGCGUAUGUUCUCAAGAUUGUCAAUUUAUUUACGUAUUACCUGGAUGGGAGGGAUCAGCAGCAGAUUCAAGGAUCCUGAGAGAUGCUAUAUCCCGUACGAAUGGAUUGAGGGUGCCAAAAGGUUAUUAUUAUUUAUGUGAUGCUGGUUACAUGAACGGGGAAGGCUUCCUUACACCGUACAGAGGGCAAAGAUAUCAUCUUAGUGAGUGGAGGCAUGGGGCGCAACCAACAACUCCAAAAGAAUUUUUUAACAUGAAACAUAGCUCUGCUAAGAAUGUAAUCGAACGAUGUUUUGGAUUGUUGAAGAGGCGUUGGGCCAUUUUAAGGGGAAAAUCUUUUUAUCCAGUUAAAACUCAAUGUAGGAUUAUAAUUGCAUGUUGCUUGCUUCACAAUCACAUACGACGAGAAAUGGCAGUUGACCCCUUAGAAGAUGAUGCAGUGGAAACUCAAGUGCCCCAUAAUGAAUUUGCUGAGAACGCUAUGAUCACUCAUGUUGAGUCAUCUAAUGUUUGGACACUUAGGAGGGAUGAGAUGGCACAUCAGAUGUUUAACAUGUGGAGGGGACAUGAUUGA